CGCAAGUCGGAAGCUAAUUUGGGGAUCUUGGCCAUGUCAUUUUGAAGAUUGCAUGGACGAUCCUCUCUUGUGCCAGUACGCGCCGCGGGGCAAGUGCCGGGAGCCGCGGGCGCGCAAGCCCAACGGCCAUCUGCACUCACUUUGUGCGCACCACCGCGCAAGGCAGAACGCCAACCAGCGGCGGCGCGAUACCAAGCUCCGGCGCCUCAAGACAAUGUACCGACCGCUCUUGCUGCCGUACGCCGUGGCCGCGCCGCCGACGUAUGCCCGGGACACACCGCGUCUCCCGCCCAUCCGCUUUCUCUUGCACCGCCAUGAUGGGAUGCCGCACCCCAUGUGCUCGGCCUUGUCGUCGACCUACUUGCACGCUUGAAGCACACGUGACCGUCGGCGCAAGGCGAUCGAAGCAGACCACAAGCAUGGGUAAUGGAAACGUGUUAUCGAA